AUAAGCUUCCGCAUAAAACCACGCCGCCCGGGUCGCAAUAAAAUAAUUACCAAUUCAUUAAACACAAAGCUUGCUAAAAACAUUGCCAAAAUGAUUGCAAAAUUCUUAGUCAUCGUCGCCCUUGCCGUGAUCCUCGCUGUGGUCGAGGGAGCUGAAAAUCUCGGUCAUAAAUCAAUUUUUAGCGAAAUUUACCAAAAUUCCAGCAACAUUGCGCCCCUUCUAACGACCUGCGCAGAGUGCGACAGAACCGAGACGUGCUGCACCUUCCCGGGAGCUUUGAUUGGUUGCUGCGAGUAUUCUUCCGCGGUCUGUUGCCCGGAUUUAUUUGGCUGUUGUCCGUCCGGGUAUCGAUGUCCGAGCAGGCUUGGAGAUGAGUGUGCGGCGGGGAGUGGACGUCCAAUAAUCGGGACCGUUUUUAUGAUGGGGGUGGCGAUUAUUCUCUUGGGGAAGAUGAUGGGCUAGAAAUAAAUAAUUAAUCCAGGGUUG